UCCUCCGUUGUCAGCCAGGCACUUGGCUGCUUUUCUCCUGAGGCUCUGGGAGCUGAGGCUGAAGCCUCAGCUGGCGGUGGGAGCAGCCGGGUGGGCUGCAGGGAGACACGGCGAGUGGACGUUGAGCCGGAGCACUAACGUCACCGAGCAGGAUCUGAAAGAAGCCAAAGUUCGGAGCCAGCGGAUCGCGGCCCAGCUGACCACCCCGCCCAGCGCCAGCUCCCGCGGGGUCCAGCUCUUCCACAGGCGCAGGCAAAGGGCGAACGAGUUCACCUUGGAAAGCCGAGGCCAGGGCCGCCGGAAGCCCGGCCAGGAGCCCCUCGGGGUGCGCUGCGCCAGCCCCACGGGCAAUGCCCAGGGGCUGGACCUGAGUCCCACCUCCCCCCAGGAGCAAGGCCCCGGCCCCCAGAGCCUCCCCCGCGGGCGUCCGGGCCGCAGCAUGGAGGGGUACACCGCCGCCGAGGAGGACAGUCUACUGCGGCAUCUGGAGAAGGUAGCCAGUGAGGAGGAAGAGGUGCCGCUGGUGGUUUACUUAAAGGAAAAUGCAGCCCUGCUGACAGCUAACGGGCUCCACCUGUCCCAGAGCCGCGAGGCCCAGCCGGCGCCGCCCAGCCCUCCGCCUGCCCACGACGCGCACGAUCCUCCUCCGGAUGGAGCUGUGGAUCUCAACCAGAAUCUUCCCGCACCCGACGCCCCGCUCACCACCCCGGCCUCCAAUUGCGCAGCUGCCGAGGACGCCAAUCAGAACCCCCCGGCCGAGGCCGCCCCGCAGGGCCGGCCGCAGAGCUCUCCCGAGGCCCAGCGCCCGCAGAACGGCACAGCGCCCGACGCCAGCCCCAGCGCCCUCCGCUCGGACGGGCAGCCCCAGGCCCCGACGGAGGUGAGGGCCAGCGUGCUCCUUGUCGAUAAGGUGUCCACUCCACCCGCGGCCGCCAACACCUGUUCCCGAGGAGCCUCCGCCAUCCCCAGCUCCGGGCCCGCCGUCCCAGACUUCAUGUCCAGCUCGCUGCUCGUCGAUGUCCAUCCGUCAGCAGAACCGGAGCUGUCGGGGCGGCCGGCGGCCACCACCCCCACCAAGGUGUCCAGCGAGGUCCACCUCACCCUCGCCAGGCCCCAGCCCGUGGUGAACAGGACGGCCAGGCCUUUUGGCAUCCAGGCCUCCGGGGGCAGCGGCCAGAUGGAGCGGAGCCCCAUGGUGGAGAGGCGACGCCUUGGGGAGAAGACCCCGGCCCCCCAGGCCUCCAGCGUGGCAGACCGGAGUCCCCGGCCGCAGAGACACGCCAUGUCCCACAGCCCCAUGGUGGAGAGGAGGCUGGUCGGGCAGCGGAGCCCGGUCCUGGAGCGGGGGCCCCUGGGGAGCUUCGCCCCACCUCCCACCUACGCCGAGACCUUGUCGGCUGCCCCCCUGGCUUCCCGGGUUAGGUCUCCCCCCUCUUACUCUGCCCUGUACCCCAGUUCUGACCCCAGGCCCUCUCGUCCGAAGGGCCAGGCAGUGCCCUCCAGCAAGACGGGCAUCUUGGAGGAGUCCAUGGCGCGCAGGGGUAGCCGGAAGUCCAUGUUUACCUUUGUGGAGAAGCCCAAGGUGACCCCGAACCCCGACCUGCUGGACCUGGUGCAGACGGCGGAUGAGAAGCGGAGGCAGAGGGACCAGGGCGAGGCGGGCACCGAGGAGGAGCCCUUUGCCCUGGGGGCCGAGGCCUCCAACUUCCAGCAGGAGGCCGCGCGGGACAGGGCCAGCCCCGCCGCUGAGGACGCGGUCCCCGAGUGGGCCUCCUGCCUGAAGUCACCCCGCAUCCAGGCCAAGCCGAAGCCCAAACCCACCCAGAGCCUGCCCGAGGCCUCGGGGAGGGGCGCCGAGCUGUACGCGCGCCGCCAGUCGCGCAUGGAGAAGUACGUCAUCGAGUCUUCGGGCCCCGCGGAGCUGGCCCGCUGCCCGUCGCCCACCAUGUCCCUGCCCUCCUCCUGGAAGUACGCCAGCAGCGCGCCCGGGGCCUUCCGCGUGGCGUCCCUGAGCCCCGCGCGCACCCCGCCGGCCUCCCUCUACCACGGCUACCUGCCCGAGAACGGCGUGCUGCGCCCUGAGCCCGCCAGGCAGCCCUGCCACGCGCGGCCUUCGCUCUUCGCCCUCUCCCCCGUCAAGGAGCCCGCCAAGACCUUGGUCUCGCCCCGCUCGGCCUCCACCCGAGCGGCCUCGUCUCGCGCCGCCUCCCCUGCCAAGCCCAGUUCCCUGGACCUGGUGCCCAGCCUGCCCCGAGCAGGCCUUCCGCCUUCGCCCGCCCUGGCCCGGCCCUCGCGCUGCGCGCCGGGCCUCUACGCCUCCCCGGGCCAGGAUGGCCUCCAGCCCUCGGCCGUGAGCCCCACCUACGGCAGUGACGUCUCCCCCGUGUCUCCCUCCAGGGCGUGGUCUCCUAGAGCCAAGCAGGCCCCCCGGCCCUCCUUCUCCACCCGGAACGCGGGGAUCGAAGCUCAGGACCGCCCAGAGAGCCGGCCCGCCUCCCCGCCCUGGACGCCGGGCGCGUCCCGGCCCCCUAGCAGCCUGGACGGCUGGGUGAGCCCGGGGCCGUGGGAGCCGGGCCGCGGGAGCAGCGUGAGCAGCCCGCCGCCGCCGCCGCCGCCGCCCAUGUCCCCCUCGUGGAGCGAGCGCUCCGUGUCUCCGCCGCGCCCCGAGGCCGACACGCGCGCCCCCAGCCGUCAGCUCCAGGCGCUCCUGGCGCGGAACAUCAUCAACGCGGCCCGGCGCAAGAGCGCCUCUCCGCGGCCAGCGGGCGCUGAGAGCCUGCGGCCCUUCUCCCCGCCGCGCAUGCGCUCGCCGCCGCCGCCGCCGCCGCCGCCGCCACCGCGCUUGCGCUCCCCGCUGCCCGCCGGCCCGCGCCCCGGGCCCGCCCGCGGCGGCGCCGCCUUCGCCGCCAGCCUCCCGGGGCCGCCGCUCUCCGGGCCCGCGCCGCCCAGGCCCUUCCCCUACCGCCGCUCGCCCACAGGCUCCGACGUGUCUCUCGACUCCGAGGACUCCGGGCUGAAGUCGCCCGGCAUCCUCGGGUACAACAUCUGUCCCCGCGGGUGGAACGGCAGCCUGCGGCUCAAGCGCGGGAGCCUCCCCACCGCGGCCUCCUGCACCACCUAAGCCCCGCGCCACCCCCUCCUCCCCCGGGGAAGCCGCGCGGGACCUGACUCCGAGGCCCCAGGGCUCCGGCCGCAUCCGGAGCCCCAGAGAUGCGCCCGGGCUCGAGGUCUGGUCCUGGCUCUGUCGCGCCGGUUGAGGCCCGGCAGGACCCGCGUCGGGCUAGGGCCAGGCCCUCCUCGUCCUCAGCUGGGCGUGUGGCUUUGGCCCAGGCCGCCUCCGCAUUUCCCCGCGUCACUACGCACAAGUGCCUGGAGGAGGCUGCCGGGCACGCGGCCCCUUCUCCCCUCGGGCCCUGCCCUCUCCAGCCUGGCACGGGAAGGGUGUGUUUAGAAGAGCCUAGGCCAGACCUCAUGCUCGCGCCAUGGCUUGACUAAGGCUUUCUGGCACCAGCCCCAGGCAGGAACAGCUGUUUUCCAUCCCUUCUCAGUAAGCUCUAUUUUUACCAGAUGACCUUUACAGAGAUCUCCCAGGCCGGUUCAAGGUGCCCGGCUGGCCCCUCCACUCCCCGUGCCAUGCCAUGCUGCUUUCUCCACCCCAACUCGGUGCCCAGGGCAUCUUCACAGCCAGGGAGGAACACUGGAGGGGGAUGAGUUUCCCAGGCCUUAACCUUGGGCCUCUGGCUCUUCUGUCUCUCUGAGCCUGUCCUUGGUAGGUUCUGGAAUAACAGCUGAGCUGCGGGGGGGAAAGGGGAUGGGGAGAAGAAGUAGAGCUACCCAGUGGCCUUACCUGAUUGUCCCCACUUUGAGCUGGCCUGUUCGGAAAGAGGGAAGCAAAAGAGUUCUUUGUUACAGAAAAUGAAACCCAGGGCCAGGAUGCAUGGAGAUUCUGGCAGGGUUUGGCUCUGAUGGUCUUUAAGACCAUCUGAGGGCUCUUCUGGUCCUGAAAUGCAUUCCAUAGUAUUAGGAAGUGGGUAGGGUGUGGGUGGAGGAGGAGGAUGGGGCUUGAAUUCUAGGCAGAUAAGCUUGGGUGGGUGGGUGAGGGGUUAG